UCCGGUAAUUUGUUCCCCGUGAACAAAUCGAAUUCAGCCAGAUCUUUCUUGCUCAAGGUCGAUCUUUAGUGGACUCCAUCCCAUUGAUAGGAUUGUCCAUCUGCAUCUAUUUUGGUGUUGUUAGUUGUUACCCUCAAGUCGAACUAUCUGAUGGCAAUUUAUUUUUUUCAGAAGAAAAAAUGUAGGGGGUUCAGUAUUCCGCCCCUUGUUUCGGUUGCUCGCCCACGAGUCAUUUUAUCAAAUGCAUUGUUGCAAGAGCUAGUCCGCUCUAUUUGUUGCUGAAAUCCCAUGUUCCUGCGGUCCUGCCCCAGAAGCAAUAAGAGGACAAUGUUCGUGUUUGCUUUGACAUUUUGAACUGUGCUUUAGGAUAAUGUUUUCCCUUGAGAGCUCAUGUUGCUUUGAAUGGUUGGGUGCAUCAUUUGUAGGAAGGGCCUUUCUUGUAUCAAGUGGUCUUUAAAUCAUCUCCUAACGAGCUAAAAUUGCUGGAUCGGAAUAUCAAUUACUAACACAAUGUGAAUGUUUUUCUUUUUCUUUCAUCAUUGGGGGAUAUUGUUGGAUCCGAUGUAAAUGUUACUUGUCCUUGCAUCUAAUGCAUUUCCUAUAGUCGUCACAAGAAAGAUAGGAGUGCCGGCUGACCCAACUAUUCAAUGUCUCCCUCCAUCUUAUAUCUUGUUCCAAGGUUAAAUGGCAAACAGAGCAAGGUGGGUGAUGAAGUUUGAAAAGGGGCUUAUUGAUAUACUACAUGAGAACAAUAAUUCGCACUAUAGGACUCCAAACGGAUGGAGAAGUGAGGGUUGGAAGAAAAUUGUUAAAGAUUUUAAUGAUAGGCACCCAGAUGCAGGGUUUACCAAAGUUCAAAUUCAGGAACAUGAGACUCAGCUGAAGAAAGACUAUAAAUUGAUAAAAUCCAUCCUCCAGCGUGAUGGUGUUUCAUGGGACCAGAAUGCUUCUAUGAUCAGAACAACAGAUGAAAUAUGGGAUGAGAUAAUUGAUGAGUCACCAAAAGCGCGGAAGUACCAAAGUAAGAGUUUUUCAUUGCUUCAGUCGCUGGAGAUGUUGCUUGAAAGGGAUAUUCCUGAAGGGGUUGGCAAUAUUGAUGAGGAAGACAACAACACCAGCACACUGCGAAGCAUGUCUAGAAGACUUUCUGCACUGGUUCCUGGAAGCAUUGAUGAGGGUGAGAACAAUAUCAGCGCACUGCAAAGAACUCUGGAGCUAGGAUCACAAGGCCUGGAGGAUGUCGACCUUCUGCAAAAUCACGAUGAAGAGGCAUUGGAAAGACCACAGCCUGGGGCAGACCCAAAGCCGCAACCAGGAGCGGAUGAACCCGCGCAGUCAAGUUCCUGCAUAGAACCGCAAAAGGACAAGCGCAAGAAGCGCAAGGCGUCUGACAUCCAGCAAACCAUGGAGGCUUAUCUAGACUUCAGAAUGAAACAGGCUCGCACGAAAGAGCAAACCAAAAAGGACGGCGAGCAGUUCUCGAUUUCAAGGUGUAUCAAGGCUCUGCAUUCUAUGACCGAUGUGUCUGAUCAGGUCAGGGUUCUAGCUGCUGAUGUCUUCAAGGAUGCGGUGAACCGGGAGAUCUUCCUCUCGUAUGAGCCGAGGCUUCGCGCUCUGUGGCUGAAGAGGGAGGUCAAUAGGUUACUCUGUUAAUCAGCUGUUGUAGCGCAUCGCGGUGUCUUGUCUCCGGUUAAAUGUGAACUUCCACACCCUUGGAGUCCUUGGUACGGAGUAGGUUGUAGCAUACUUUUGGGUCAUAGAAGUAUUUCGUGACUCGCCAUGUGUAGUCAUGCAAUCCAUGCUUCAUGCCAAUUAUUUGGUUCUGUGAUUAGUAGCGGUAUUUAGUGUAUCACUUUUUGUUGUUUGGUCUGUUUUUGCUUUGCUAUUAGCUAAUUCACACAAGUGUUUUUUCA